AUGCCGUUUAUGAAAGGAAGAACUCCUAUCCGGCGUACCUUAAACUAUUUGGAGGCCGGUAGGUUGGUUUUGAAAGACAAAAUUCGAAUAUUUUCUGUGGCCUACAAUAUUCAAGGAAAGAACAACAAUGGUGCAAAGGAAUUUGUUUUUUGGUACUUGCCACAAAUUCAAUACAAGAACCCAAAUGUUCAAGUAGCUACUUUGAAGAAUUUGACGCCUUCUCCUUUCGUGAAAUGUUAUUUCGAAGAUGGUAGGAAGAUCUUGGUUGAUGUGGACAAUAAAUCUAAAGAAGAAAUUUUGGAGCAUCUGAUCAACACUGUGGGUAAAAGUAAAAAAGUGCUUGAAGCUGAAGCCACUAUGGCCGAGAAGAAAGACAACCCAGCAAACUUUGGGAUUGGUUGUGAUCGUGCCUGCUUAUGCGAGGUUUACGGACAAAUACCAUGUUCCGGUGUGGUUCCACUUCCUAAAUUUAUGAGAGGAAAAUACAAAAAUGCUACAGAUUAA